AUGAAUGGUUCGGGAGGCGAUGGUUCAUGGCCACUGCCACUGCCACUGCCACCGCCGCGUCCAAAGUCACCGCCGGAGUACCCGGAUUUGUACGGAAAACGGCGGGGGUUGGUCAAUGUUCAGAUGAUGGAAAGAGAGAUUGGGUAUCUUGAGGAAGAAUUAAAGUCUGUUGAAAGCCUCCAACCGGCUUCUCGAGCCUGUAAAGAGGUUGUUGAUCUUGUGUCGGGAAAUACAGAUCCUCUUAUACCUGUAACUAGGAAGACUCGCAGAUCUUGUAACUUAUCUUGUGGCUUCUGGAAAUGGCUCUGGUACAUGCUUCUUAAUACUCAACUCUGUCUCAUGUAUUAUAUAUUUUUAUUGAAGAUAUCUGUUUCAUCAAAUGCUUAA